CGCUGUCAUUUGCUCUGAAAAUUGGAGUAGUCACGUUGCAAAGAAAUUGUCUAGCUAACUGGAAAAUUAAUUUAAGUUGCUUACAGAUUUAGGUGGUAAUAAACAGCUACAAAGUAUGUCGAUGCCAAAGAGUUCUGCGACCCACAACACAGAUCAGAUUGCAUUGUCAUACCUCUUGGACAAGGUGCACGAUGAUAUUCUCGUCUCAACUGAUAGCUUUCACUUUCGAAAACCAAUGAAAAAUAAUGGAGUUCAGAAACACAUGGAUUUGCAAACUAUUGGACAGAACAUCGUGAAUCAAGUUUAUCAGAGUCGGGCCGAUUAUUUGCAGGACAUUCAAAAGAUUGUGGACAACUGUGUGAAAUGCAAAGGUGACGAUGCAAAACACACGAUCUACGCCAGAAAUAUGUUGGAGCAUGCGCGCAUUAAGAUGAAGGAGUCGGAGCAUUUCUUCAUUCAACUUGAGGCUAACAUUGUGCAACAUCUGAAACAAGCAAAGGCUAAUUUCGCUGAAUGCGGGUACGACUCUGAUACUGAUAGCGAAUAAUAACAAUAAGUUAAUAUGCUGGAAAAUGUAAGGGUAUUAUUGGGAGAUUAUUGGCUACUUUAUCUCAGUUAUCAAAUCUAAUAUUUCUGAUUGUAUAUAAAUAUAUA